AUGCUUCCUCCCAUCCCCGUCCUGGCCGAGUAUGGAAUCUCUCCAACCCAUGGCUUCCUCCCCGAGGUCCUGCCGUUGACGAGACUCCCGGAUCCCUACUACAACAAGUGGGAGGCCAUUGCCGCCAACUUGCAGGCUCUCAUCCUCAGCAAGCGACUUCGCGGAGUCGUUGAUCGUCUCCCCGUGCUCGACACCAUCGGUCUGGAACACGACGCAGAAUGGCGCAGAGCCUACUCGCUGCUGUCCUUCAUGGCCCACGGCUACAUCUGGAGCGGUGAUAGCCCCAGUGACCGUCUGCCACCUUCCAUCUCAGUCCCGCUGCUCAAGAUCUCGGAACAUCUUGAGGUGCCGCCCGUCGCCACCUAUGCAGCCGUCUGUCUUUGGAACUUCAAGCCUCUCUUCAUGGACGAGGAUAUCGACAACCUCGAGAACCUCGCCACUCUCAGCACCUUCACCGGCGCCAUCGACGAGUCAUGGUUUUACCUGGUCUCCGUCGCCAUGGAGGCCCGUGGUGCGCCCAUCAUUCCCCUCAUGCUGACUGCCAUUGCCGCAGCUCGCGAGGGUGAUGCCGCCACCGUCACUCGCUGUCUUCACACGUUUGCCGAACGUCUUGACGAUCUCACUACUCUCUUGGUGCGCAUGCACGAGAGUUGCGACCCCAAGAUUUUCUACGACCGCAUCCGUCCUUUCCUUGCCGGAUCCAAGAAUAUGGCCGAAGCUGGAUUACCGCACGGCGUCAUCUACGAGGACGGGUCCGGAAAGGAAGAAUACCGUCAGUACUCCGGAGGCAGCAAUGCUCAGAGCAGUUUGAUUCAAUUCUUCGAUCUCGUCCUCGGUAUUGAACACCGUCCCACCGGCGAGAAGCGCGGUCGGUCCCAGGAGCAAGGCGAAGGCCAUGCCCCGGCGCCCAAGCACAAUUUCCUUUUGGAAAUGCGCAAGUACAUGCCCGGUCCUCACGCCCGCUUCCUCGAACACGUGCAGUCCGUGGCCAACAUCCGGGAAUUUGUUGAGGAGAACCGCGACGACCGCCCGCUGUGCAUCGCCUACGAUGCCUCUCUGGCCAUGCUGCGUGCCCUUCGCGACAAGCACAUUGCUAUCGUGACGCGCUACAUUGUCCUACCCAGCAGGGAAGUGCGCACCCGCAGCCGCAGCCGCAGCCCCGAGGCUAUCCGCCGCAAGGUCAACCUGGCGACCGCAUCGCGCCAGCAAGGGCCUCCCGGAAUUGCGCUUGAUACUAGGAAUGUCGAUGGAAAGAAGGAUAAUCUCAAGGGUACCGGUGGCACGGCGCUUAUUUCUUUCCUUAAGCAGGCCCGCGACGAGACAGGCGAGCCGGCUGUCGAGGCCUGGGCUCACAGGUUUAUGAGCCGUGUUAUUCGCACCGAGGGCCAGGGCGACUUUUUUGCUGGAAAGCCGGAGGAGGGCGCUGGUUUGCAGGUCGCGUCGCAGGCUGAGGAGGCCGUGGUGCCCGGUUUGGCUGGGUCGUGGACUAUGGAUGAUGAUGUUGGUGGUAUUUGCUACUAUUGA